AUGGCAGCCGAGCGAACGCGCAAGCGCAAACGAAAUCAAGACGAAGCCAUUGCGAAGAUAAAGAAGGGCAAAGAGGCCAAGAAGAAGACGUCAAAGAAGAAGAAGAAAGGCCCGGACGACUGCUCAGACGAAGACUUUAUGGACAUGUACAAGAAGGCGAAGAAACUUCCUGGACAGCUAGAGAAAUGCGAGCUUUGCGACAAGCGAUUUACAGUCACACCGUACAGCCAGGCUGGUCCUGAGGGUGGUCUGCUUUGUACGCCGUGCGGCAAGGAGCUGAAGAAGGAAGUGAAAGCACAGGAGAAGGCAAAGAAGCCUGUUGUUCGAAAGGGCCGCAGAAAGAUUGAGAGCAACCGCUUGGACGGAAUGACUGUGCGAGGACCGAAGUCGUUGCAACAGCUGUGCAUCGAGAAGCUUGCAAAACACUCCGAGGACAUUGAUGAGCUGGGUGAGAUGCCGGAAAACAUUAUGAACAAGAUCAGCGAGAUCUUCUCGAAGAAGCGCGCGAUGAAUUCCACAACCAUGAAGCUGUUCCUUCAGCCGGACAUGGACACUGUGGCUAUCCACGAGGCAGCCUUACUCGAGACGGAGGACUACAAUCAGAUUUUUGCGGUUUGCCCAACUGUCAAGAAGCUGUCCCUCCGCAACUGCUGUCAAUUCAAGGACAGCAAUGUCGACUAUCUGAUCGAAAAAGCAAAGUCGCUGGUUGAUAUACAGUUGUUGGGCGCCAAUCUCGUUGCAAACGACAAGUGGAUCGAGCUGUUCAUUGCACGCGGUCAAGAUCUCAAGUCUCUGAAGCUUGAGUGGCUGGAUGCCGCGUUCGAUGACCAAGCCGUCGAAGGUCUCACUACAUUCUGCCCAAACAUUGAACGCCUUAAGCUUGAGCGGUGCAAGAAGCUUGGGGUUGACAGCAUCGACGCAAUCGCCCGACUCGAGCAGCUUGAGCACCUCACACUCAGGUUUUACGAUCAGGUCCCACGCGAGAAGUUGAUCCAUCUAAUCACCUCCGUCGGAGCUCACUUGCGCACGUUGUGUUUGGAACACUUCCUUGACGGCGACAGCGAGCCCACGGAUGACGUCCUCGCGACCAUUCAUAAGACAUGCCGACACAUCAGCAAGUUCCGGUUCAGUGAGAACAACGAGUGCACUGACGAUGGCUAUGUCCGCCUCUUCACGAACUGGUCGAAUCCUCCUCUGCGCUACAUUGAUUUGAACAGCCUGCGAGAUCUUGACAACACGAACCCGGAAGGUCCUGAAGACUACCCCAUUGGCCUCGCGUCCGGAGGCUUCCAGGCACUUAUGGCACAUUCUGGGUCUCGUCUCGAAUACUUGGACAUUUCGUCGUGCCGGCACAUCUCGCACGCCACUUUCGCCGACAUCUUUGACGGCACAAAGCAGUACCCGUACCUGCGUGAGAUCAACGUGUCGUUCUGUCCUGUUGUCGAUACGCAGGUCAUUGCUGGUAUCUUCCGGUGCUGCCCGCAGCUGCAGAAGGUGGUGACGUUUGGCUGUUUCCAGGUUGCGGAUGUGGUUGUGCCGCGGGGUAUUGUGUUGAUUGGUGCUCCAAAAGCGCAGGACCAGAUUGAGCAGUUUGGCGAUACGGUCAUGGAGUUCCAGGAGGCGUUGCAGAGGGAGCUGGACCAGAUGAAGGCAGCGGGGAGGCUUCUGCCGAUGGUGGCUUAG